AUGGGAAUAAACAGAAUUUGUGGAACACUCUCAAGCUUCUACUAUAAAGCAGUGUGGAAUAGCUGGAACCAUUUCAGCUGCAACAUAAAUGAGACAGUCAUCAAAGAAACUGCUGCUGCUUUGGUUACCACUGGCCUCUCUAAGCUCGGUUACAACUACGUGAACAUCGGUAAUGGCUCUAACGCAGCUUAUAAAGAUCUUAGAUUCAUUAUGAUUGCUGGGCUGAAAUUUCUCGUGACGCCAAGGUAUUUGACCUGCAGCAAAACCAUGCCGGGUUCUCUAGGCCAUGAGGAGCAUGAUGCCAAGACAUUUGCAGAAUGGGGAAUUGAUUACUUGAAGUAUGACAACUGCAACAACGAUGGCUCCAAACCGCCUGUCAGGUAUCCAGUGAUGACCCGAGCUCUCAUGAAAUCUGGACGCCCCAUCUUUUACUCCUUGUGUGAAUGGGGGGAUAUGCAUCCAGCUCUCUGGGGAUCUCCAGUGGGCAACAGUUGGAGAACCACUAAUGAUAUCAAUGAUAGUUGGCUUAGUAUGAUUUCAAUAGCAGACAUGAACGAAAUCUACGCUGAGCAUGCAAGGCCUGGUGGCUGGAAUGAUCCGGAUAUGCUUGAAGUUGGAAAUGGAGGGAUGACUAAAGACGAGUACAUAGUCCAUUUCAGCAUUUGGGCAAUCUCAAAGGCUCCUCUUCUACUUGGUUGUGACAUAAGAAACAUGUCCAAAGAAACAAUGGAGAUCGUCACAAACAAGGAGGUCAUCGCUAUUAAUCAAGAUCCACAUGGUGUUCAGGCCAAGAAAGUUAGAAUGGAAGGUGAUAUUGAGGUUUGGGCAGGACCAUUAUCAGGUUACAGAGUAGCUUUGCUUCUGUUGAACCGUGGACCGUUACGAUCUUCAAUUACUGCUCUUUGGGAUGAUAUUGAGAUCCCUGCAAAUAGCGUCGUUGAAGCCAGAGAUCUAUGGGAGCACAAGACACUGAAGCAAAAGUUUGUAGGGAACUUGACAGCAACAGUGGAUUCUCAUGCGUCUGAUGCAAUGGUUUCGAGUGGUCUCUCUGCAAUAGGUUACAAGUAUAUCAACAUAGAUGACUGUUGGGGUGAACUCAAGAGAGAUUCUCAGGGAAAUUUGAUUGCGAAAGCAUCGACGUUUCCUUCAGGGAUCAAAGCUUUGUCAGAUUAUGUUCAUAGCAAAGGGCUUAAGCUUGGGAUUUACUCUGAUGCUGGGGGACAAGAGGACCCAGCAACUUGGGCAGGAGGUAUUGGUAACAGUUGGAGAACAACAGGAGAUAUCCAAGAUAACUGGAAGAGCAUGACAACGAUAGCAGAUCAGAAUGAUCGAUGGGCAUCUUACGCAAGACCAGGAUCAUGGAACGAUCCAGACAUGCUCGAAGUGGGAAAUGGAGGCAUGAGUAGAGAAGAAUACCGAUCACAUUUCAGCAUCUGGGCAUUGGCAAAAGCUCCUCUGCUGAUCGGGUGCGAUCUUAGAUCCAUGGACAAAGCCACCUUUGAGUUGCUUAGCAACAAAGAGGUGAUUGCUAUUAAUCAAGAUAAACUUGGGAUCCAGGGAAAGAAAGUGAAAAAAGACGGUGAUCUUGAGGUAUGGGCAGGUCCACUAAGCAAGAAACGAGUAGCAGUCAUCCUAUGGAACAGAGGAUCAUUACCUGCAAACAUCACAGCUCGAUGGGCAGACAUUGGCCUUGAUUCAUCAGCUACUGUUAAUGCUCGUGACUUAUGGGCGCAUUCGACAUACUCGGGUGUUAGAAAACAACUAUCUGCCCUAGUGGAGCCUCAUGCCUGCAAAAUGUAUACUCUUACCAGACGCAAAGCAUAA